UUAUUUUAUGAAUUAUUUAUUCUAUUUUGUUUGGACUCUUGUGUUUUUUGGUUCGUUUUAUUUGAUUUCGAGAGGCUGAGCGUCUCCGAAGUGAUUUAAGACAAGCGGUCGCUGUUGAUUGGCCAGUCGCUAUCGCUAAGAUAACAACCACAUGACUCCAUAAUUGGCGGUAAAAAAAAUUCAAGAUGGUGGACACACAGCACUUUUGCCUCCGGUGGAACAACUACCAGAGUAGCAUUACCAGCGCUUUCGAGAACCUUCGAGAUGAUGAAGAUUUUGUGGACGUGACCCUCGCCUGUGAUGGAAAAAGUUUAAAGGCACACAGAGUCGUAUUAUCAGCAUGCAGCCCUUACUUCCGAGAGCUGCUCAAGUCAACACCUUGCAAGCACCCAGUAAUUGUGCUACAAGACGUCGCAUUCCCGGACCUACACGCACUCGUAGAGUUCAUCUACCACGGCGAGGUGAACGUGCACCAGCGCAGCCUCUCAUCCUUUCUCAAGACAGCUGAGGUCCUCCGCGUAUCCGGCUUGACACAAAAUGACGAUGCUCAGGGGCCCCUCGUGCAGAGCAUCGCACGCGCAGCCGCCGCCGCCGCGUCGUCGCCGCACACCCCUCCCCACCCCGCGCACACCCCGCACGCGCCGCACACCCCGCACACCCCGCACACCCCCAGCUACACCGAGAAGCUGGAGGAGGCUCUGCUCCAUCCGCCGCCGAUCAUGCGCCGCAUCCCGCUCCCCCCGCGCCGCAUGUCCCGCUCCGCGGACAACUCGCCCGACGUCAUCAAGCGCGCUCGCCACGACAACAACAACGACCAACCGCAGAUACACGACUUCUCGACGAAGAACCACUCGAUGGUGAACAACACUCGCGCCCACAAUGAGCAAGGCAACAACGGAAACGGGAUCUCAAACUCCAGCUCGUCCCCCUCCCCGCGGCUGAUGGACGAGGUGAAGAACGAGCCUCUCGACAUGAUCUGCCCUUCGAACCCGGACAUCGAUAGGAGUACGGAUGACACACCGCCUCACUCCCAUCACAGACCACUUGGAGGCGGGCCACCGUCCCGCGCGAGCUCGGCCGAGGCGGACGACCGCACCCCGCCCCCGCAGAUGCCCCCCUCACCAUUCAUAUCGCCAGCCGACACCAAGCUAUUCGCGCCGCAGCACAACUACAACUACAGCAUGACGGCUCUCACUGAUCCUUCUGCUUUAGCCGGUCUGCCGAGCCCGCUGGCGCCGGACGGCAUGGCGAGCACAUCACAAGCCGUACCGCCCCUCCGUAUGCCCCCGCCGACGGCCGGCGGCAUCAACGAGCCGCAAGAGUGUCCCUACUGCCGCAGGACAUUCUCUUGUUACUAUUCCUUGAAACGACACUUCCAAGACAAGCACGAGCAGUCCGACACGCUGUACGUGUGCGAGUUCUGCCACCGGAGGUACCGGACCAAGAACUCGCUGACGACGCACAAGAGCCUGCAGCACCGCGGCUCCAGCGGCAUGCUGAAGCGGCUGCUGAAAACGUCGGCGCUACACGGCGCGCUGGCGCCCGCGCCGCACCACCUGUUCGAGCUGGGCGCCGAGCGCGCGCCGCUGCCGCCCGGCCUGCAAUGA